CGUAACUUUCACUCCCUCCUUUGACCUUGGUCCAACUCAAAGUCACCGAGAUACCCCCAUCCUCACCCAAAAAAAGUCACAAUCCUUUCUUUCGAUUCCUUUCCUCUGACCCUCAUUUCAGCUCUUUUUUAGAGCUUCGACCCUCUUUUCUUCCAACCUCUCCUUCGCGUCUCUUUCGUUACAACUGUAAACAUGUCGUCCAAUGCUAUUCGCAUUCGCAGAAAGAAGAAUGUCAAGAAGGGAAUCCAGUUUUGUUUGAUGGUCUGUGGCGCCUCAGGGACCGGUCGCACUACAUUUGUCAACACCCUUUGCGGAAAGACCGUCCUACAUGGUAAGGACAACGACGAUGACGCCGCCAACGCACACCUGGAGGAGGGCGUAAGGAUCAAGCCGGUAACGGUUGAGCUCGAGAAUGACGAGGAGGGCACCCGCAUCUCUCUUACAGUUGUCGAUACCCCUGGCUUCGGUGACCAAAUUGAUAAUGAGGCCAGCUUUGCCGAGAUUGUUGGUUAUCUUGAACGCCAGUACGAUGACAUUUUGGCCGAGGAGUCUCGAAUCAAGCGUAAUCCCAGAUUCCGGGACAACCGAGUGCAUGUCCUUCUUUACUUCAUUACGCCAACCGGACACGGUCUACGAGAACUCGACAUUGAACUUAUGAAACGUCUCUCUCCUCGCGUUAAUGUCAUCCCUGUCAUCGGCAAGGCCGACUCCCUGACACCUUCUGAGCUGGCCGAGUCAAAGAAGCUCAUCAUGGAGGACAUUGAGCACUACCGCAUCCCGGUCUAUAACUUCCCUUAUGACAUUGAAGAAGACGACGAGGACACUGUCGAGGAAAAUGCGGAACUCCGAGGCUUGAUGCCUUUUGCCAUUGUCGGAUCCGAGGACAUUGUCGAGAUUGGUGGUCGCGCCGUCCGCGCUCGUCAAUACCCGUGGGGUGUCGUUGAGGUGGAUAACCCUCGUCACUCUGACUUCUUGGCUAUUCGCAGCGCGCUUUUGCACAGCCAUCUUGCGGAUCUCAAGGAGAUUACGCACGAUUUCCUCUACGAAAACUACCGUACCGAGAAGCUCAGCAAGAGUGUUGAUGGUGGUAGCAACUACGACUCUUCGAUGAACCCCGAGGACCUCGCCUCUCAAUCCGUUCGUCUCAAGGAGGAGCAGCUCCGUCGUGAGGAAGAGAAGCUGCGCGAGAUUGAACUCAAGGUACAACGGGAAAUCAACGAGAAGAGACAAGAGCUGCUUGCGCGCGAGAGCCAGCUUCGUGAGAUUGAAGCUCGGAUGCAACGAGAGCAGAGCGCUCUGCAGACCGAGGAGGGUGCUGAAGUCGCCUAAACCUUUUUUUGGCGCCCGUUUAUCCUCCUUCUUUUUUAACAUAAUAUUCAGGCGAGUCCGUCGGGACGGGAAAUUUGAGCGCUGUCAAGGCCGGAAUGGGAUUUUGAUCCUGGGGAUCUAAUACUGCUGUAUCGUUGGGCGUUGGCGCAUAGGAGAAGCCCGAGGCUAGACGGACCUACAUGUUUAGCAUCUUUGAGGAAGGUUGUAUCAUUGGCAGCAUUGUCUAAUGAAAUCUCCUUCUCUGUGCCGGCUUGCGCCACCCUCCUGGUUAUUCAAGGCUUCCUCUUAACUUAUUUUUCAUUUAUAACCCCCUUUUACUUUUUCCUUCUGGCAGAGCUUUGGCAUCGCCAUAUCAGAUGUACUAUUUGCUAGCGAUACUGGACACUAUAGCAUUUAAUCGAUGC